GGAUGCUGCAGUAAAGUUGGCCGCGCAUGCGCACUCUCGGUCCUCUUUUUCUUGGAAGCACCCCUGACCCAUCGCACCAUGGCAGAUCCCGAUCUUGACUUCACGACCGGAGAGUCUGGCGCCUCCGCCACCUACCCCAUGCAGUGCUCUGCUCUGCGUAAGAACGGAUACGUGGUGCUGAAGGGACGCCCCUGCAAAAUCGUUGAGAUGUCCACCUCCAAGACCGGCAAACACGGACAUGCUAAGGUUAACAUGGUUGGCAUCGACAUCUUCACCAACAAGAAGUAUGAAGAUAUGUGCCCCUCCACCCACAACAUGGAUGUUCCCUCCAUUAAGAGGAUAGACUACCAGUUAGUUAACAUCGCUGAGAGCUACAUGUCCUUGAUGAGCGACAACGGAGACAUCAGGGAGGACCUGCGUGUUCCCGAAAACGACAUCGGCAGGGAAAUCGAGUCAAAGUUUGAAGCCGGUGAUGAAUUCAUGGUCACCGUGAUUUCUGCCAUGGGGGAGGAAUGUGCUGUCGCUACCAAGGUCCUGGCCAGCAAAUAAGGGAGACGGACUUUGCUGCCGCGGGGCAACAAGCACCACCCACAACCAGUCUCUUUGCAUUCUCAUUGGUUCUGUCACCAAAGCGUCGGCCUUCACAGACAACCUCAAAUCAUUCUGUUGUGAUUUUUCUCUCCAUCAUCAUCAUCAUCAUUGAUCUUUAUAAUUAUUUUCUCCCCCCUCUCUUACGUUUCUCUCCUCCAUAUUUGCUGUUUUGGGAAUGUUCCUCUGCAGCUCGCUGCAUGAUGGUCCUCUGCCUGAUCAUUGAGGUUUUGUUUGGUAAACAAAUCUACUUUAUAUAAAAACAACUUCAAAAAAAAAAGAACGAUCAGUUGCUCAUUCCUGCUUUUUUUUUUUUUUUUAACCUUUUUUUUUUUGUUUAUUUUUCUCAAAAGUUUUUUUUUUUUUGGUUUUCGCCACUCGCAUUCCUGAAUGUUGAAGUAACAACGGGAUUCAGCUUUUGUAUGAUUAUUUUUUAUAUUCUUUAGAUUUAAAUAUAGCAGGUCUAAAAAAAUUUAAAAAAAAAGGCUUUUAGAGGGAAGGGUAAAAGAGGGGGGAAAGGGUCAAAGAGGGAGAGGGGGGGGGGGUUGUGUGUGUUUGGGUGGGAGGGGCAGUUUUUGAGUUAAAGCAGUGGGAGAUGGGGAGGGUUUGCCCCCUUUAGAUGCUAACACACAAUAAAUAAAAAAUAUAUAAAAUCUGGUUUUAGGUCGUCCCCUUCCUCUAUAGCAGCCGUACCGCUUUCCAGCAUGGCCUUCAGCUCUGGGUCCUGAGGUCCGUUUCUUCUCCUCCCAGUCGCUGGGAUCGGUGGUGGCCAUUAUAUAUCAGAGCACUUGAGGUUCUUCUACCCCAGCAUGUCGAAAAAGCUCUAAAAAAAAAAAAAAAAACAAGAAAGUGGUGGUUUUCUUUUGUUUUUUUCUUACCCCCUUUAACAGUCAGUGAUUCCCCUCGUUAAUAAUAAUAAUAAUGAUGCCAGUCUCUCUCUCUCUGUGUAGAAGUUUGAGGGGGCGUGAGGGUCGCGUGCGCUCACACUUCUCGUCCACCGAUGGGGGGGAGGAGGCGGGUGGUCGAGGGUAUCGUCACCACCACCCCCCAUAACCCUUACACCUUCACCCCCAAUGCUGAUGCCGCCGCCCAGCCAUCCCCUCCCCCCCCCCCACCGCACCCCAAAUAACAAAAAAAUUGUGUUAUUAUUUUAAUUUUUUUCUUGAGAGGCGUGAGUGUGUAGCGGUGUUGGCCUCCGACGAAAUGUACGAGGCGGUUUGCAGUGAGGUGUGUGUUCUCCUUUUUUCUUUUUUUUCUUUUCUUUUUCUUUUUUUUUUUUUUUUUUUUUUUUCCUCUUGAGGGACUCGAUCGGGUUGGGGAGGGUUGGUAGAGUCGCAAACUUUUUUGUUCACUCGAGGCCUUUGUCACCUGACUGGAGAUGGCUAAAAAAUAAAAACGUUGAAACAAAUGGACAAAAACUGCAAA